CACCCUUUGCCUCCAUGGCGCCCCUGUGCUUUCAUUUCAGCAACCCUCUCGUUUUUUCAGUAUUUGGCGGGGUUGCUCUUUUGGAUCAAAAAGUUUUGGGCAUGGGCAAUCUGGUCAUUUUCAGAUGCACCCUGGGGGGCUAGGGUUUCGCGUCCCAUUUAUAUAAGGUGGUCUUUUUAGAUCUGCUGCGGCUGGUGCGUGUGUCGGUUCGCUCACUCUCUCUCUCUCUCUUUCUCUCUCUCUCUCUGUGCGCGCACACAGUGCUUCCUUCACUCCCUCACUGCAUGUCGGUUUCUCUUUAGAUUCCCAUACUUUCCGUUUCAGCAACCGUAGAUUCUCUCAUUUAGAAUAAGCAAUAAAAGCUUCAUUGUCUAUUGUGCUCUCUGGCUUUGAUUCUCUCUAGUGGUCUCUCUGAUCUCUCUGUUUUGAUCCCCAUUAGUUCUGCGCUCCUCAUAGGGGUUGUAGCGUUGAAGGACUCGCCCACUUUCUGUUCAGUGCUAGAGCAAAACAAGCGAUACCCAGCUCAGGUGCCGGGUUUCUCUUAUCUGGGUCUGGUUCAGAUCUUCAUGAUAGAUUGCAAAAAGAUGGUGGAUCUGAGCGAUAAAGGAUCGGAGUCUGAGGACGUGAAUACCAAAAACCCAAAUGGGGUUUCAUCCGAAGAAAGCCACAAGAAGACCUGCGCCGAUUGCGGUACCUCUAAGACCCCUCUCUGGCGAGGAGGCCCAGCUGGUCCAAAGUCGCUGUGUAAUGCGUGCGGGAUCAGAAGCAGGAAGAAGAGAAGAGCUACUCUGGGUUUGAACAAAGAGGACAAAAAGGCCAAGAAAACAAGUAUUGGCGGCGGCAAUAACAGUAAUCAUAAGCUAGGUUAUAAUUUGAAGCAGAGGCUGUUGGCUUUGGGUAGAGAGGUGUUGAUGCAGAGAUCGUCUGUGGAGAGGCAGAGGAAGAAGUUGGGGGAGGAGGAACAAGCGGCUGUGCUGCUUAUGGCUCUCUCUUAUGGCUCUGUUUAUGCUUAGGCCUUCAAAAAUACAAGGCGUUAGAAAUUUUAGGAGUUGGAUUGUGGUUCCUAACCUUUCAAGUGUAUCUUCUAUUAGUUUUUUUUUUUUUUUUUUUAAUUUAAUUUUAGGGGAAUUUGUUCUUUAAUUUUCUAUAGCUGUUCUUAGUAUUUAACUAACUGUUUCCGGGACUCUUGAAGUGUAUCUCAAGAAGUGUAAGAAGUGGAAAUCGAUCGAUCCUAAUUUUGUUUAUUACAUUUUGCGGCUCUCUCUAGCCUUUUA